ACGCAGCAAAUAGAACUCAAUUACUGCGGUUUUAGCGAAUCUGAUUUUGAUUGUAUAUAUGAGUUGUUUUCUCAUGUCGGUCAAGAUUUGAGUGAAGCGCCUUUAAUCAACCGGAAGAAGAAGGCGUCCACGCGCCCUUGCACGGAACCGAGGACGUCGAGUCACAUAGUCCGCGUGCAGGAGACGGUGUUGUUUAUCUGAUAUUAUUUAUAUGUUUUUGCUCUUCACAUGUGUUCAUAAGUCUUCUACGGGAGCUCGUGUUGUUAACGGUUGUACCAGCCGCCGGGUCUUCGUUUCGGUAGGUGAAUCGUUUGAACCAAAAACGUGUUGAACAAAGAGCGGCCUUCUACUCUGGCGCACUUGUACAGGUGCAAGAUGUCAUACUCAUCCCGAAGUUCCUCUCGCGCCUCUGACUGUAAGGUCUAUGUCGGAGAUCUUGGCAACGGUGCAGCCAAAGGUGAACUUGAACGAGCCUUCAGUUACUACGGACCACUGAGGAGUGUAUGGGUCGCCCGAAACCCACCAGGUUUCGCCUUCGUAGAGUAUGAGGACGCCAGAGAUGCAGAGGAUGCCGUAAAGGGGAUGGACGGAAAGGUGCUUUGUGGAGCCCGCAUCAGAGUUGAGCUGUCUACUGGUAUGUCCAGAAAGUCCCGUUUUGGCCGUCCCAACCGCAGGCAGUUUGACCCCAAUGACCGGUGUUACCAGUGCGGAGAGAAUGGCCAUUAUGCCUAUGACUGCUAUCGCUUCAGCAAGAGGCGUAGCCGACGCAGCAGGUCAGCAUCUCGCUCUCGGUCCAGAUCUCGUGGCCGGCGUUACCGCUCUCGUAGCCGUAGCAAUGAGAGGAAGUACCGUUCACCUUCAUACUCAAAACGCAGAAGCAGGUCAGCCUCCCCAGCCCGCUCCAGAACUCCUGUGCGGCGCUCCCGUUCACCUGUACACAGGUCAAAAAGCCCAGUCCGAAGAUCCAGAUCCCGAACACCUGUCCGUAGAGACAGUCGAUCUCGCUCCCGUUCACGCUCUGCUUCUAGACAACGGGAACGUAGUGCAUCCAGAUCUCGCUCUCGUUCAGUCAGUCACAAGAAAGACAGUCAUUCCAGGUCUGCCAGCCCAAGGAGAAGUCCAACACCAGAUGCUGACUGAUGUGAAUACUGAUGCUUCACUCCCAUUCCCCACCUUUGCCUCAGGGCUAAAAUUUAUUUUAUUUCCCCCAUGAUUUCAGUCCUUGUUCUACUGUAGCUUCCAAGCUCUUUUCUUUUUUUUUUUUUUUUUUUUUCUCCCCUCCAUUUCAUUGAGAGUUCCUGCAUCACUAUCAUCUCAAGAAAGCUUGUUUAUGAUUUUCUUGUCACUUUUUUUUUUUUAUUAAUUAUCAGACUCCUAAAACAUUUUAAGCUCCAUUGUUUUAUUUCAGUGUUGAGCCAAUGUCCUGUGGUCAGUGAAUUGUAGGUAAGGUGGUGAAUGAGCUGUGUUGUGAUUAGUCAGUGUAUUAUAUGAGCUGAAGUGUAUGCUGUGAUUUUGUUUGGUGUAGAAUGGUUUUUUUUUUUUUUUUUUUUUUUUUUCAUUGAAAAUGGCAAUGGUCUUUUUAAUAAAGUU